CUGAAGCAGGUGCUGGGUUACAUAGUCGUUCCGAAUCUGCUGGAUUCUAUGGAGCAGUGAGAGCCAGUCUGUUUCCCAAUUUGCAACACCUUGAUUCUCCUACGCUCAGUAAAUUGCUACGGUCAAGCUUUCCUCUAUGAAGAUGGUCCACCAUUCGGGUUCUAUUCAGUCGUUUAAGCAACAGAAAGGUAUGAACACAAGCAAGAGUGAGACUGUGAAAGAGCCCCCCUUGAAACCUUCCAGAAGAUCCUUGCCAUGUCUUGCACAGAGCCAGACCCAUCCACACAGCCUCAGCAAGCAUUCCUCCUUCCUUCAGCCAAACCGAGUGCAGCCACAACCUCAGCCAGUGAGUGCAGGGGCGUCCACCACCACAGUCAAUGUUGUCUCAGAACGGGCUAAAGUGAUGGAGACUCUGGAAAACAACUUACUCAAGCUGUCUAAUACAGAAUACAGUGACCCAUUUUUAGACAUAGGAAGAGAGAAAGAUAUAUAUACAGAUGAUUCAGAACAUGGGAAUUAUGAUUCUCGUACAGAUCAGUCUCUGCUUAUUAAAAGUACGCCCACAAGACAGAAGACGGAACCACGGACAAAGUCAUCAUUAAAGAAUGAUAUGAGUGCCCUGGCAACUUCAGGUCUCUUCUUCAAGGAUGGAAAAAAGCGUAUAGACUACAUUUUAGUUUAUAAAAAGUCUAGCCCACAAAUAGAGAAAAGAAGCACUUUUGAAAAGAAUCUGCGGGCAGAAGGAUUAAUGUUAGAAAGAGAGCCAGCCAUUACAAAUAGUGAUAUUAUGUUUGUUAAAAUUCACUGUCCUUGGGACACGCUAUGCAAAUAUGCUGAAAGAAUGAACAUCAGGAUGCCUUUCAGGAAAAAAUGUUACUACACUGACUGGAGGAGCAAAACGAUGGGCAGUUUGCAGAGGAAUAUGAGACAGCUGAAAAGCUGGUUACCCAGGAAUCCUAUGAAACUUGAUAAAGAAGCACUUCCUGACCUAGAAGAAACAGAUUGCUACACAGCACCCUUCAGUCGAGCACGCAUACAUCAAUGUAAAGGAAAAAAAGAUAUACAGACUGUAAAUUGCUGCAUUAACAGGUUACUCAACAAUGGAACUUAUGAAGCUGCAUUUCCACCUCAUGAGGGAAGUCACAAGAGCAGGCAUCCCAUCAAAACUCAUGGAGCUCAGAAUCAUCGGCAUCUGUUGUAUGAACGCUGGGCACGAUGGGGGAUGUGGUACAAAUAUCAGCCUCUGGAUUUAAUUAGGAGAUAUUUUGGAGAAAAAAUUGGUCUUUAUUUUGCCUGGCUAGGAUGGUAUACAGGCAUGCUUAUUCCUGCUGCACUUGUGGGGUUGUUUGUUUUCCUUUAUGGAUUAUUUACCAUGGAUUCUAGCCAAGUAAGCAAAGAGAUCUGUGAGGCAAAUGACACCAUCAUGUGCCCAAUGUGUGAGAAGAAUUGCACUCUGCAAAAACUCAACGAAAGCUGCAUCUAUGCAAAGGUCACACACUUAUUUGACAAUGGAGGGACCGUCUUCUUUGCCAUUUUCAUGGCCAUCUGGGCUACAGUGUUUUUAGAGUUUUGGAAAAGACGAAGAGCAGUGCUAACAUAUGACUGGGAUCUAAUAGACUGGGAAGAUGAAGAGGAAGAGCUUCGCCCCCAGUUUGAAGCAAAAUAUUCCCAAGUGGAGCGGGUAAAUCCAAUAACAGGAAAGCCUGAACCAUUUCAGCCCUUCCCUGAUAAACUGAGCCGACUGAUGGUGUCUGUAUCAGGAAUAUUCUUCAUGAUUUCAUUAGUCCUUACUGCAGUCUUUGCAGUUGUAGUUUAUCGCCUGGUGGCUAUGGAACAGUUUGCCUCUUUCCAGUGGUAUUUCAUUAAAAAGUACUGGCAGUUUGCAACAUCAGGCACUGGAGUCUGCAUCAACUUUAUGAUCAUCAUGUCACUCAACGUUGUGUAUGAAAAAGUUGCUUAUCUCUUAACAGAUUUAGAACAUCCUAGAACAGACUCAGAGUGGGAAAACAGUUUUGCCUUGAAAAUGUUUCUUUUCCAGUUUGUCAACUUGAACAGUUCUAUUUUCUACAUUGCCUUUUUCCUCGGAAGAUUUGCUGGACGUCCUGGAAAGUACAACAAACUUUUCAACAGGUGGAGAUUAGAAGAGUGUCAUCCUAGUGGCUGCUUGAUAGACCUUUGCCUGCAGAUGGGUGUCAUCAUGGUCUUGAAACAAAUGUGGAACAACUUUAUGGAACUUGGCUAUCCGUUACUACAGAAUUGGUGGUCACGACGGAAGAUCAAGAAAGGAGGACAGUUACUGGAGCAUAAAAUGUCUCUACCUCAGUGGGAAAAAGAUUGGAAUCUACAGCCUAUGAAUCUCCAUGGUCUCAUGGAUGAGUACUUAGAAAUGGUUUUACAGUUUGGCUUUACUACAAUCUUUGUCGCUGCUUUUCCACUAGCACCUCUGCUGGCAUUACUGAACAAUAUCAUAGAAAUCAGGCUUGAUGCUUAUAAAUUUGUUACACAGUGGAGGCGGCCAAUGCCAGCAAGAGCAACAGAUAUAGGUAUCUGGUAUGGAAUUCUUGAAGGCAUAGGAGUCCUAGCUGUCAUCACCAAUGCUUUUGUUAUCGCCAUUACAUCUGACUAUAUCCCACGUUUUGUUUAUGCAUACAAAUAUGGCCCUUGUGUCGAUCAAGGAUACAGACAGGAGAAAUGUUUGAAAGGUUAUGUCAACAGUAGCUUAUCGAUAUUUGACCUGAGUGAGCUUGGCAUGGGAUAUUCAGGAUACUGCAGGUACAGAGAUUACAGAGCACCACCAUGGAGUUCAACUCCUUAUGAGUUCACAUUGCAAUUCUGGCAUGUUCUAGCUGCUCGAUUGGCUUUCAUCAUAGUAUUUGAGCACCUUGUUUUUGGAAUAAAAUCUUUCAUUGCCUACCUUAUCCCGGACAUGCCCAAAGACUUGUGUGACAGAAUGAGAAGGGAGAAAUACUUAGUUCAGGAAAUGAUGUAUGAGGCAGAACUGGAGCAUUUGCAACGAGAACGGAAAAAGAACGGGAAACAGUAUCACCAUGAAUGGCCUUAGUUGGAUAUGAAACUCUGACAUCAGAACUCAAAACUUCUGGUGCAAACAGAAGAUGGAAUUAAGACAAGAGGCAAAGGAAUCAUGUGUGUAUAUGCUGCUGCUGGGAAAGAUGAUUACCCAGUCUUGCCAUCAACUGGAAAAGCCGUGCAGCCAACAAGCAAGAUAAGCAGAUAUAUUCCACCAAUGGUCUUUGCUAAAGAGGAAUGAAAGCUGGCUCAACGGAAAUCUCUCCAUUAUCUAAAUUUACUGGGCGACAUUCUAGCAACUAAUUGGGAAACUCAUUCGUGGCAUAACUGAAAACAAAAGCCCAUCAUUUGUGAAACUUCCAUAAUAAGGGCAUGACUUUUAAAAUUAAAUAUAUAUACACACAUAUAUAUAUGAUCUGCUUCUUCACAACUUCUACAGCUUUGGAUUGCUCAAAAAAAUUGUACUGCCUCUAAAAAAAAUGUCAAGCAAAAUUAAUUGUUGCCCUUUGUGGCCAUAACUUGAUGCUAUUGCAGUCCUUGAGGCUUCCAGUUUUGUCAGGUUUGUCCGAGUCUCUUGCUGAGAUUGUGGAUGUGGCUCUGCCCUUUAAAAGGGAUAUUGGCCUGUUCGGUAUUUACUAUGCAGUUUGAUGUUUGCACAUCACUUUUUUGUCUGUUUGUCUUUAUAAUCCAAUUAAGGAAAUAUAUUGUUUCUCUCAAACUGAAGCAAAACUAUUUUGUAGAAAGACCGUAUAAGCCAGGAUCCAGAGAGCUCUAUGAUACAACGAACCCAAGCUUCUGCAUGUGGGACUAUGAUUUUUUAGAGACUGGAAAAAUUAAUUAAUUUAUUUUUUUGGAUUAUUACAGUACUCAGAUUCAUCCAGCCAGCUGGGGGAUUCUGGGAGUUCUAGUCCAAAAAAAAAA